AAACACACACAAACAAAGCAACCGUAUUCUCUCUUCCCUGCGCUUCCUGAAUCCUCUGUCUCAGCUUCUGCUAACUACUUACUAGUCGGGGUGGUUGUUUAUUAUUACAGACAUCACUCCGCGCCCAGAAAAAAAGUAAUAAAUAAAUAAACCCAGAAAGUGAGGAACUCAAGAAACCAAAAUCCAUAGAAAAUAGAGGCAGAGGAAGGCUGUGGAGAUGGUUUUGCAGAAGCAGCACCACCUCUUCACCUGGGAUUUCUAUUUUUAAUCUUUAGCUAAGCUUUGCUUCUUUGUUUCUCUAUGCUUUCUGACUCAUUUGUAUGGCGGACACGUAUGAUCAAGCUUGCUCUUCCCCUCCUCCUCCCUCCUCCUUUUCUCAUUCUCUUCCCCCUCCACCUUCUCGUCCCGCAGUUGAGAAAUCAGACGAAAUCUCGCUUUUUCUUCAUCAACUCCUCCAGUCAUCGUCAUCCUCUGUUUGCAUGCCUGACAGGACCAAAGAGAUAUCCUUCUCAUCUCCUCUUCCUCUUCCUCACCCUCCUCCCCCCGGUUUCUUUUCUUCUCAUCCGCAGAGUACAUCUAAUGCUCUGCCCGGCGGCUAUCAACUCCCACCAUGCGGAUCGUCUUUUCUUCUUCCCCCAUCCUGUGACUUCCGAGUCAGGGAUGGAACCUCAACGGCUGAGUCCUCCGGCGCAGCCGACUUUUCCAGUCUCAUUCUCUCUUCUUCCAGCUUUUGUUUACCGGACGAGGCCAAAGAGACCGCAACCACUACGACUUCCGCUAGGACUGGGGACUGCGAUGCAGUGAUUGCAACUGUGAAGCGAAGAAAGUCCCCGUUGGACAAUGAUCUCGACGACUAUGAAUGCGAAAGCGAGGAGGGUCUUGAAGCGUCGGAGGGACCGUCCAAGCCGGUGCCACCUCGUACCUCUUCCUCUUAUUCUUCUUCCAAGAGAAGCAGAGCGGCGGAAGUUCACAAUUUGUCUGAAAAGAGGAGGAGGAGUAGGAUAAAUGAAAAAAUGAAAGCAUUGCAGAAUCUAAUCCCGAAUUCUAACAAGACGGAUAAGGCUUCAAUGCUGGAUGAAGCCAUUGAAUAUCUUAAGCAGCUUCAGCUUCAAGUACAGAUGUUGUCAAUGAAAAAUGGAUUGGUUUUACAUCCAAUGUACCUGCCUGGAGUAUUGCAGCCUAUACCGCUGCCUCAGGUGCCAAUCAACAUAAAUGAGGGAAGUACAUCCAGAAUGUCUAACCAACUAACUUCCUCUUACCAACCAAUUGAUUUGUCCACUAUGGCCAAUAUCACUAAUUCAGAAACCUCAUUUGCAACAGAAUCAUCAAUUCAAGCUUACCACGGACCACUUCUGCUCUCCACAUCCUCCAAGGAAAUCUACAGGGAGAGUAUAUUGCCUCCGCAACAAAUAAGUACAAGUCGUUCUGUGAAGAACCUAUCAGCACAUAGGCAUUUUGAUGCGCAAGGCUUGGGGAACAACUCUCAACUAGGGUGCAUGUCACGGUCCGAAAGAUCAGAAGAUGUACUCUCUAAGGACGUAAACGAUAACAAGAUUUUCAUUCAACGUCCACAUGGCACAGAUACAAGAAUUGUGUCAAAUGACAAAGGCAAUACAAAGAUGCCCAACUACUGAAGUUGGUCACACCAGCCUUCAAGCAUCUCAUCGACUCUUGAUUUGUUGUAGCUUAAUUAUGAUUCUCCAUGCUGAUCAGGAACGCCUGAAGUACUUUGUAUUCAAAUACUUCAAAGUGGAGCGAUGAGCAGAGAUCCGGCGUUCAGUCUGUGGUGUUUGGCGCAAGUUUCCUUGUGGAAAGUUUGAUGGAAAAUGGUGAUGUUUUUUUUAUGUAAAUUGAUUAUUCUUUGGGCGGGGUGAUAAACUGAUAACCCUCACCUAUAUUCUCUAUGAUUCUUAGAGGGAAACAAAUUAUACCUGGGAAGUUUAGAACUUUCUUGAUGCUUAUGGCAUGGACAAAGAUGGUGGCCUGAACCAUUAUGGACCAAUUUUGGAUCUGGGUAGAUGGUCCUUGUAUUUGUAGCUAGAACCAAUUGGACUGACAGUCACGGCUUAUAUCAAUUAUAUUUCUCUGAUUU